UUUUUAUUUCUCUCUCUCUUUCUCUUCGACCUUUUCUUUUUUUUUUUGGAUAGAAUGGAUGAAAAUUAUCAAUACCAACAACAACAAUACCCUCCUCCACAAUAUCAUUCUCAGGAACAACAUUAUUAUUCCCAACAACCAGUUGAAACUGUGGAUCAUUUUGAUGAAAAUGGUCAACGCUUCAUCUUAUGUGACGUCUUCUUAUCAUUCUACUACUACUACUACUAGUUAUGAAUAUUCCUCGGACGAUCAACAACGAAACCAACACGGAUCUCAUGAUGUCUUUUUACAUGUUGAUCCUAAGACACAAAACAAACCUGUUCCUUCUUAUGAACUCUCCAAUUGUCAAGGUAGAAAACGAGCUCUUUUGAUUGGUAUCAAUUACUUUGGAACAAAAAACCAAUUGAAUGGAUGUAUCAAUGAUGUUCAUAAUAUCAAGACCUUUUUGAUUGAACAAUAUGGAUUCCAAGAGCAAGAUAUGGUGAUUCUGACUGACGACCAAGAAGAAGCUAGAUUCAAACCUACAAGAGCCAAUAUAUUGAGCGCAAUGCAAUGGCUAGUUCAUGAUGCUCAGCCCAAUGAUUCGUUCUUUUUCCAUUACAGUGGACAUGGUGGUAGCGUUGUAGAUGUUAGUGGCGACGAAGAUGAUGGUUAUGAUGAAACAAUUUAUCCAGUGGAUUUUGAAGAUUAUGAAGGUGAAAGUGGUCAAAUUAUUGAUGAUGUUUUGCAUGAUUACAUGGUCAAGCCAUUACCAAAAGGAUGUCGAUUGACUGCGAUCUUUGAUAGUUGUCAUAGUGGCACGGCACUUGAUUUACCUUAUAUAUAUUCAACCAAAGGAGCAAUCAAAUCACAAAAUCUUUUGAAGGAUGCUGGGGUUGGAUUACUCUCUGCAGGUAUUGCCUAUGCAUCUGGUGACAAGGAUCGUGCUCUCUCCUCUAUUUUAUCUCUUGGCAAGCAAUUGUAUCACUCAAAGACUGUUGAAAAUGAAAACCGGGAAAAUAAUAGCUCUGUUGCUGAUGUGGUUAUGUUUUCUGGUUGCAAGGAUGACCAAACUAGUGCUGAUGCUCAAGAAGCUGGGAAAAGUACAGGGGCCAUGUCUUAUGCGUUUAUCACCUCUCUUCGUCAAAAUCCAAGGCAGUCUUAUCUAGAACUCUUGAAUAGCGUUCGUGAUAUUCUUCGUGAAAAAUAUUCACAAAGACCCCAACUUAGUUGUAGUCAUCCUUUAGAUGUAGAUCUUGAAUUUGUAUGUUAAUUUAGGUUUUCCUUUUUAGGGUCCAGAUUAGUGAUAUGUAUUCUUUAUUGGUACGUCUAGAUCUAAAGAAGAUAAAAAUAAAUUCAUUUGAGUUGAUAUGAUUGUAUUGCUAAAGUUUUAGUUGGACAACAGUGUUAGGUAGAUACAAACAUAACAACAAAACAACCGCC